CGUCACGACACUGAAUGUCGGUCAGAUGCUGAGAGCUCGCUGCGUGAUUUAUCGAUAUUAGCUGAACUUGAUCUUCCAACGGUACCUGUGGCCUAAAAUCCACCAGAGAGGCCUAACUGGGUGGGAGGAAACACCAUGAGUAGGAAUAACGUCCUUCUGAAAGUGAUCCUGCUGGGCGAUGGUGGAGUUGGCAAGUCUUCUUUGAUGAACCGCUACGUCACAGACCGCUUUGACUCGCAGUCUUUUCACACCAUUGGCGUGGAGUUCCUUAACAGAGACUUGGAGGUGGACGGGCGGCUGGUCACCCUUCAGAUCUGGGACACGGCGGGUCAGGAGCGCUUUAAAUCGCUACGCACGCCGUUCUACCGAGGCGCAGACUGCUGCUUGCUCACCUUCGCUGUCAACGACUUGCAGAGCUUCCUGAAUCUCAGUUGCUGGAAGAAGGAGUUUAUGUUCUACUCCGACGUUAAAGACCCAGAGCGCUUCCCUUUUGUGGUGCUGGGCAAUAAAGUUGAUAUGGAGCAGCGGGAAGUUGGGGAGGACGAAGCACGGGCCUGGUGCGAGGAGAACGGCUGCUGCCCUUACUUUGAAACCAGCGCUAAAGAUGACACUAACGUCACAGCUGCGUUCGAGGCAGCCGUCAGGGUGGUCCUAGCUGCCGAGGACCAGAUUGGUCAUGCACUGCUGGGCAGCACUAUCGACCUUCACGGCAACCGUAAAGCGUCCCGCGGGUCAUGCUGCUGAAAGCCCAUCGGUACUAUAUUGCCUGGCUUAAACUUGCCUGUUAGUUGUGACAACAGGUGUUCUGUAGAUUUAACCUACUGUAUCGAGUAAGGAUACGUUGCAGGAGAUACAGCUGCUGCUGGUGUCAGGGAAUUCAGCUCCUGCUUGUGAGUGAGUUGUUGCUCCAAUGAAGGUACAGCACUCUGUGGCAGGCGUGCUUCUUCUUUUCUCACAAAAUACUGCUUUUUCUUCCUGCUUAUAUGCGAGGGUGGUAUCAAAUAAUGGAAUGAAGCAUUUCGUUUUUAUCUAAUUUAUUGUCAGACAAAGUGUGCCAGUUCUCUCACAAACACACAGAAGUGACCAGUUGCCCUGAUUCCAGUUGCCCUAAUUCUGGAGCUUGAAAUGAUUAGGCAUGGGUUGGUUUUUGGUUUCAAGGUAAUGAAGGUUUUAGAUUACUCAGAAAUGUUCCAUGAUAAUGAGAGAUUUUAGUAUUCAAUGCAAAAAGGUG